AUGAAGUUGGGGCGAUUUCUCCCAAAAUGCCUCGCUGCACUUGUUUUGAUCUCUCUUGAACGCAUUCAAUGUGCCGCGGCUCUCGCUUCAAACUACUCAGGUUGGACAAUUGAAAGGAAACUAGCAGUUCGAGAAAGGACUCGAGCGCUUUGGUAUCAUGGUUUUGAUAACUACAUGGAUCAUGCUUUUCCUCUAGACGAGUUAACGCCUCUAAGCUGCUCUGGUCAGGGUCCAGACUGGGCAAAUCCCGCAAAUGUUGGGGCCAAUGAUGUCGCUGGCAACUUCAGUCUGACCCUUGUAGACGUUCUCGAUACCUUUGUUGUCCUCAAUGAUCGCAUAGGAUUUGAAAAUGCAGUCAAAAAUGUCAUACACUGGGUCUCCUUCGAUGUCAACACGAAGCCGCAGGUGUUCGAGACCACUAUCCGAGUUCUUGGAGGUCUGCUUUCCGGUCACAUUUUCGCCAGUCAAUCCGGCCCAUUCCAUCUGCCAUGGUAUCGUGGAGAACUACUCAGUAUGGCACACGACCUUGGAAAAAGGUUACUUCCAGCAUUUGCAACUCCGACUGGACUUCCAUUAGCUCGAAUUAACCUUAGGCAUGGACUGUCGCGAGGGGAAACGCUUGAAACAUGCACUGCUGGUGCUGGGUCAUUGAUUUUGGAAUUCGCAACUCUCAGUCGUCUAACUGGUGACGAACGUUUCGAAAAGGCUGCGUACAAAGCCUUCUUUGCUAUCUGGAAUAGAAAGUCCGAUAUUGGGUUAGUUGGUAACACAAUAAAUACAUGGACGGGGGAUUGGACUUCGCCUGAAGUUACAGGCAUUGGCGCAGGCAUAGAUUCAUUCUACGAGUAUGCCCUGAAGUGGUAUAUACUAAGUGGAGAGACUGAAUUUCUCGAUGUUUGGGACGAUGCAUAUGCAUCCAUCAUGCGGUAUUCGCGUUCCAUGGACGGAUUCUGGUAUCGACUCGUCAACAUGAGAAGUGGUGAUGUUGCUUACAACACCGUCGACUCUCUGUCUGCUUUUUGGCCUGGGCUGCAAGUAUUAGCUGGGGAUAUUCAAAGCGCAAUAAAAUUACACAUGGCGUACUAUAAUUUAUGGCGGAAGCAUUCUGGUAUACCUGAGGUGUACGACACCAGCUUCAAACAGGCAACAUCCCAUGGGUAUCCUCUACGACCCGAGUUCAUCGAAUCAACAUGGUAUCUAUAUCGAGCCACCCACGAUCCGUAUUAUCUAGAAGUCGGGGAGCGCGUUCUGUUCGAUAUCUCAACACGUUCAAACGUGACUUGUGGCUUGGCCGGUAUAAAAGACCUUCGUUAUAACGAACAGGAUGACCGUAUGGAAUCUUUCGCGCUAUCAGAAACUCUGAAGUAUCUCUUUCUCUUAUUUGACGAAGAGAACCCUCUGCACAAAGACGACUCGAACUAUGUGUUUACCACCGAAGGCCAUUUACUGAAGCUGGGACCCGAACACCUUAGAGAAAUGUCUCCUUCUCGUCGGAAGCUACGCAAGAUUGAGGACCAUCAAUGUCCGGCGUACCAACCAUUUAGAAGCGCUCGUGGUCGUCGUGUGAACGACAGCGGCUUGGUCGUGGGCAUUCAAGGUCGGGCAGACGCUGACUACAGCCGAGAACUGGUCGCACUAGACGCCAACGAGGCUGACUCUACCCACUGGUCUCGUAGUGGGUGGUGCGAGAGACCCAAAGUCGAGUUAUUCUCGUACGACUUCAUCCUGUCACCUAAUGGGAAAGUAUCGCCCGAAGAUCUUAGUCCCAGUAAAGUGAAGCUGGAGCCUGUGCCAGAUGGAUAUGUCAUCCAGAAUGUCACAGGCAUUCGAACACAUAUCGUACAGAGAUUUGACGGAAGAGGUUACGAUGUCCGUAAACUAGGUCAUUAUACAGUUCGGCCAGGACAGUUGGUCUAUAUCAACGACUCAUCCCUACUUCUGAGUGCAGCAUCACCUUCAACUGCAGCGAUAGAACAUUUUGGUGCUAUCCAGCUACGCUUCUAUGUUGACGCCGUUGAUACGAUGUUCAGUAUGCUCAACAUGAUGGAAACAGUCAACGACAUGGAUCUUUCCGUUACCGGUCAUGUCGGCUUUUUCGGUGGAGACUUAUUAGAUAGCGAAGAACUCCCCAGCAAAUUUCAAGGCCUAGUUCCAGUCUAUCGAGACGACGACAAUGAAUUCGGCUGUACACAAUAUCACAAGUCUUUCCAGGACGGUAUUUUACUUGUUAGAAGGGGCGAAUGUACCUUCAUUCAGAAGCUUGUAGAAGCUCGGGAUGCGGGAGCUGCUGGUGUGCUUGUCCUUAGUGACGAAAACACCGCGAUCAAUCCUACUGCUAAUUCUGAGGACCUCGAAGCUGCGGGAGAUAUUAGUCAAGUGGCUAUAAUAGUCUUGCCACGGACAGCUGGGCAAUCGGUCGAACAUUUACUGGAUACUACGCAAGGUAUUGGCCAAGUCAUGCUCUCGUUGGAACAUGAACACCAACCUGGUGUCGACGCAGAAGCUGACGAAGGUCCUGAGCCAGGCGAAGGAAGCAAAAAGGAUCCCAAUCGAAUACUUUAUCUAAAUGGGCAUCCAUUACUUAACACCCGAUUAUUGGUUUGA